CGCUCUCUUCCCCCCAGAAAAAUCACAAAACCAAACAACGACAACAACAACAACAAAAAACAGCCAAUACAUCGGAGGAAUCCAUCACAACCAAAGCAAGCCACACCGCACCAUCCUCGGCACGAAGGCCCUUGCUUGCGGCAGGGCAUCGCAGCACAGGAGCAUCCCGACGUGGUUCGAGGCACCAACCAACACCAGCGAUGCCCCGCUUCGGCUUGCCGGGGGCGGCACGGCGCGAAGGGGAAUGGAGCAGCAGCAUCGGCAGCAGCGACGACUCCGACAGCGGAGGGGAAGAAGAACCCCCCCAUCCCAUCGGGUUCGGGAGCCCCCUUCCCGGGGGGAGUUCCUCCCCGUGGGGAACGACGUGGUUUUCCCUGGAUCCCCCCCCGCGGGGGGCAGCGAGCGGGCGAUCCUCCUACGGGUGGGACGACUCCGAGGGCCUCCCGGUCCAGUCGUAUCCGCCGCUCUCGGCCUAUCUUCCUUCGAAUCGGAUGCCGACGAUCGCCUUGCUUCGGUGGGGCAAGGACCGCGGGCCUUUCCGAAGCGGCGGCGACGACGACCUGUGCUACAGCGGGGACGAGGACGACGACGAGGACGACGCCCGCGAUUGCGGGGCCCGCGGAAGGGCCGCUCGCCCGGCCCCCCGGGAGGCCUGGGCCGCGCCCCCGGACACCGAGCGUGAGAUCUCGGGGCGGGUCGAGGCCGUGCGAAGGCGGGUCGACGAGGAGUGCCGGAGGGCCGAGGAACUACUCGGCGAGCUCGUUGCACGGAGCCACCGAGAGGCGGACGCCAUCCUCGAGAGGCGGCGGGCCGAGGAGGAACGGCUGCGGAAGGCCCGGGAAGCCGAGGACGACCGGCUCCGAGCGGUCCGAGAAGCCGCGGCCGAGCGGGACCGGGCGGAACAAGAACGGGCGGCGGCGGUUCUCGAGCGGGAAACCGAGAAGGAGCAGGCCGCCACGAGGGACCGGGAGGCCCGGGCGGCAGAGACCGAGCGGCGACGCAGAGAACGGGAAGCCGCGGCAAAGAAAGCGACCGAAUACAUCGACAAGGCAAAGAAGCUGGUCGGGCAGCUGGUCCAGGUGAGGGCAUCGGUAGAACCCUUCGAGAAGAACAAGACCGUUGGAAAGCGGCGGCUCGGAAUGAAAAAGAUGGCCAACGGAAAGGUCAACACGCUGAACGACAAUCCUUCCAAGAUCCGGGAGGUUGCAACCCAAAUCUCCACAGCGAUUGCCGCGUACGAACAAGAAGAUGGACAGAUCAAAACACAAUUGCAGCAAGGUGCUCCCGGGCUGACAUCCGACAUGGCGGUUGGAAGGCGAUAUUUUGUGGACCUGCUCGCGUCGACGGCCAUGAAACGCGUCCAAGCCGAGUCCUUUGGAGGAACCAAGGGAGAUGGGUUUCCCUUGGCGGCAAUGCUUGCGAUGGUAUCGGUGGAAAGCAAACAGAUCAUAUCCGUCCUGGCCGCACACAUAUACACAGUGUGUCCUGUGGCCAUCCCCACGCUUCCGGCACCCAGGGAUAAUGCCAGCGAAGACGACCUGAUGAUCGGCCUCGGGAUGCAGAGAAACCAAAAGACCGGUGAAUUCGAGACGUUCCCACGGUUUUUGGCACGGACGGAAAACAUUGUAUCGUUCGUGGCCGCUCUCCAAUCGUCUCUGCCGAGCUCCCACCAGCUGAUGGGCGGACACGCCGGAGCUAUGUUGUGGCUGAAGCGAUUCAUCGAUCUUCUGCCACUGCCACCAACAUCGCCGCUUCCGCUCACGACGGCACCCGUGCUGGGGGCCUUUUUGACGGUUGCGGGGCACAUGAUGGCCAACGCCCACGCCGACGACUUCAGAACGAUGCUCGCCACCAUCCAGAACGACGUCAUGAAUCGCCUGGACGAAGGAGAGCUCGGAAAGCCGUCCGCGAUUCGAUUGGGAAAGGUUGUCGAGGGAGGAUUCGAUUCCUUCCGAAAGAAUCUGCCUCCCAAGGCCGUUCCGGAGCUGUACUACGGAGCGUCGGAACAUUCCCACAAGAAGGAAGGCGUCGUCUCGUUCGGAGGAACAAUAGGUGGGGAGGAGGACGUUCAACCCAAAAAGCCACAGGGGAUGCAGCAGCAGCCGCCGCCACAAAACCCGUUUGGCGGCGGAGUUUCGUUUGGCGGACCAAGUAGCACAGGCGGCGGGAACCCUAAUACGUUUAGCGGCGGCGGUGGCGCGGCAGCCUCUUCCUCGCCGUUUGGCGGUGGCGGAAUGGCGGCCUCUCCCUCGCCGUUUGGCGGCGGUGCGGCACCGUCGCCCUCGCCGUUUGGUGGGGGCAACGCCGGUGCAAACCAGUCUCCGUUUGGUAGCGGAAGUGCCGCGGGGCUGUCUCCAUCCCCGUUUGGAGGUGGUGGCGGCGGCGGCAUGGCACCGUCUCCCUCGCCGUUUGGAGGUGGCAUGGCACCGUCUCCCUCGCCGUUUGGUGGAGGUGGCAUGGCACCAUCUCCCUCACCGUUCGCAGGAGGCACGGCACCGUCUCCCUCGCCGUUUGGUGGAGGCGCGGGACCGUCUCCUUCACCGUUCGGAAGAGGCAACACGAAUGCCAAUCCUUCUCCCUUUGGGGGUGGUGGCAUGGCACCGUCUCCGUCGCCGUUUGGGAGUGGUGGAAUGGCACCAUCCCCGUCGCCGUUCGGUUCGAGUAAUAGAGCUCCGAGCCCAUCCCCAUUUGGUGGCAACACCUCGUCUUCGCCAUUUGGAAGAGGCAAUCAGAUGCAGCAAAAUUCGCCAUUUGGUGGACGAAAUGCAAAGAAGAAAGGCCCGUGUAGGUUCUUUGCCCAAGGCAAAUGCAAAAAGGGCGACAACUGUGAAUAUUCUCACGAGUCCGGAGGGGGAAACAGUGGCUUUGGAGGGGGUUUCCAACAAAACAACCACGGCAGCAGUGGGCAAGGAUUCCAGCAAAACUAUAAUAACAACAAUAAAGUCGGAAAGAAAGGUCCUUGCAGAUUCUUUGCCAUGGGCAAGUGCAAGAAAGGCAAAAAUUGCCCAUAUUUGCACGAGACAGGGGGUGACAGUGGAAACAAUGGCUUUGGAGGAGGCAAUCAAGGAUUUCAAUCCAACAACAACUGGAAUAGCUUUGGAAGAAGAAGGCGAUGAUUUUGGCCAAAAAUGCUUUUUAAAUGAACUAGGAAGACAAUC